CUACACCAUUCAGUCGUAUACCCAACCGGCGAGGACCUUGUUUAAGUGUGACUGUUUGAAGAAAACGACAAUGCCACGACCAGCAGUGCUUGAUGAUCUUAGGAGGGAGUCAGUGCUACGACAUGAGAAGCGUGAAAUUGCGGAUACGGAGACGAUUACGACACAGACUGUUCAUAACAAUAAGCCGGGGAAGUCCGCGAGGCAGUUAUACCCCAAGCCGAACGCAUUCAGGAGGUUUUUCCUGCGAUGGACGAUUCGGAGGGGUUUGAAGGAGGGGUGGGGUGAGGGUGUGCCUGGGGCGGAUGAUCUGGAGAAGGCUGCGAACAUGGGACGGUUCGCAUCGAGGCCAAGUGAUUUGUUCUUGAAGAUAUACGGUGAUGUCCUUACUACCCUUGAUCGCAAUCCUCUAGCAGGCUGUGUCUCCCCACCCCUCAUCGGCACCUCCGGCACCCUCCCCCUCACCAUUCUCUCUACAAUCCCCGACAUCAUGCACCACUACUACGAAUGCAUACUCGCCGCCGAACACGAAGUCAUCCUCGUCACAAACUACUGGCAACAAUCCAACUCCCAAGAAACGAUCUGCAAAGCCCUCCGAGACUUAUCCAAAAAACUCGAUGGGUCGAGAAGGAAGAUUGUAGUCAAGUUGAUGUAUGAUCGGGGAGAUAUUUCGCAGGUUCUUAACUUCCAUGCGAGGGUGACUGAGAAGAAGUGGGUUAAGCUCAAUAUCCCAAAGAGGAGCGAGAUCCCAAAUUUGGAAUUUGAGGUGAUCAACUAUCAUCGCUGGUUGAUGGGCACAUUGCAUGCAAAAUUCCUUAUUGUCGACCGGAAACUAGCACUCCUCAACUCCAACAACAUUCAAGACCGCCCAAAUCUCGAAUUCAUGGUUCACCUCGAAGGUGCUGUCGUCAACUCCUUCUACGACACAUUCCUCAUCACAUGGCAUCGCACACUCAACCCCUCUCUGCCACAGAUGACUUCUCCCGCUCCCUCUGACCCUGUUUUCGGCGAGACGCUGUACUUCUCGAAGGCUUCCACUGAACACGUCAAGGAGAAGUUCAAGGAAGCCGCGACUCGUGCUCGUACCCGCCUCAACCGCGAUAACACCCGUGCGAGCAUGGAAGCCGUUCAUCUCGACUUCCAGAACCAAAACCAGCUCUUGGGUCGUUUCAAGGAUAUGGUCGGUCGCUCCUCCCUCGAUGUCUCACGGCGUAUGGAACGAGAUGAGCACGGUGAACCCAUCACGUUCGAGAGACACGGGCAGAUUGAGCCGCAUGGACAUGUGCUGAAGGGCAAGACGAGUGUGGAUAGUGGGAUCCUUACGGAUGGGGUGCGAGUUGCGCCGCAUAUGGAUACAUUGGAGGAGGAAAGGUCGGUUGUGGGGAGUUCGACGGAGGUUAUGUCGGAUGUUACGGCGAUUGAUGGGCCUUCGUCAUCCUACAUGCAAUCUGAGAAGGUAGCUAGUCCGGUGUCGAUGUCACAGGGGCAAAAGGGUCUGCCUCCUACGCAGCCGCCGACGGUGCCCAACUCCGCCAAUGUCAGUAGGCGGAAUAGUCGUAUCGGGUUCGCGACACUGGUCCAAAUGGUGACUGAACGGAGGAAUAAGGAGUUGGCAGGCGAGGAUCACCCCUCCCCCAUCGAAGCAUUCCGCGCAAAACUCGAAAACCUGGCAAAGCACUUCAACUCCACCGGCGUAAAAUCAGAAUGUGCACCAACCCUCGAAUCCGAAGUCCACGCCUCUAUUCUCGAUGACGACUUUACGCCCUAUAUUGCACACCAGAAACAUGUCCCGAUCCCAAUUGCUAUGGUUAGUCGUAAUCCGCAUGGAACGCCGGGCCAUGCGGAUAUCCGGAAUCCCCAGGAUGCGGCAUGGAUGGCCGCGAUGCGGUACGCCAAGCGUGAGAUCUUCAUCCAGACGCCGACCUUCAACGCCAAGCCCGCCCAACGUGGUGUCCUCGAAGCAUGUCGUCGUGGGAUUAAGUGCACGCUCUGGCUUGGUCUCGGGUUCAACGACAAAUCCGAAUCAUUCCCUUUCCAGGGUGGAACGAAUGAACAGGUCGUGAGGAAGCUAUAUAGGAAGUUGAAUAAAGAGGGGAAUGGGCAUGAGAAGAAUUUGGUUGUGUGUUGGUAUACGGGGAAGGAUCAGACGAAACCACUGAAUGCUGUGCACAAGCAGCGGAAUUGUCACGUCAAGUUCAUGUGUGUGGAUAACCAAGUCGCUAUCUUCGGAAACGGCAACAUGGACACUCAAUCCUGGUUCCAUUCGCAGGAGAUUAAUAUCAUGAUUGAUGAUGAGCGCAUUGUGCAGGAGUGGAUGGUCGCGUUUCGUAAAAAUCAGAAUACGCAUUUGUAUGGACAGACGGAUACGAAUGGGGACUUGCCGCCGGAUAAGCGUUGAUGAUGACAUUUGCACGGUGGGCAUGUGGGAAGAACGUGUGCGUCGCAAGCACGUGAUAUACGAGGAGGAGACUGAUUACGAGUGUGUAUGAUAUGAUAGCCGACUGGAUGCGGCAGUUGCGGGUGCCGAAGCACAGCAGACGAGAGUACAGUAUAUUCAAUUUGGGCGCUGGCGUUCUCCUUUUUUGGUUACGGGCAUAGCAUUCUUAUUCCCUCAAACCAGGU